GUCUGACCGACCCUGUGGCGCCACGUCUUUCAGCAGAUCUUGCGUCUGCCACUAUGAUGUACGAGGACGCUGGGAUGCCAUCGAGCGAGGUGCAGGGCGCCGCGCCUUCGCCCCCGCCGCCGCCUGCGCGGGCACCAGCCGCGGUUGUGGACGCUGCAGGGGGGUUUCUCGCUGGAGCUGGGUUGCCGCAGCCUGGGAGCAGCAGCGCGGAGGCCCAGGGUCAGGGCAUACCAGCCCACUCUGCCCAAGUCCCUCCCCCUGCCUCUGUCGUCAACCCAGGGGCUGGCGAUCCACAGGCUGAAGCGCAAAGGCGAGCAUCCCAGGAGGCCAUGCGGGGAGGAGGAGCUGAUGUUGGGGAGGACGGCCCCCAGCGACGUCGGCGGAUGGACGCUUCUGCCGCUGCUCGGGCCCUGCGCGCUGGCAUCGCAGAAGCCCCGCCUCCAGCGGAGCCACCUCCAGUGGCGGCGUUCCCCAACGGAGUCAUCGCAUGCCCCCUAUGCCGCGAGCGAUCCUUCGAGACUGGACCCGGGCUCAUGCGCCAUUUGACCACGAUGCACGCGGGCGAGGCGCUUGAUGACGGGGCGGUUGCUGUGCUCCGCGCUCUUGACAGAGCGGUGUGCUCGGACCCCGCAUGCGGAGGCAUACGGCGAAUCGGCAUGACGACGUGCAACAGGUGCAGACACUCGACGCCGUUACGGCCGAUGCAGGUUGGCGAUAUCAUUCCAGGCCCUCGAGGCGGGGCCCUCGUCCCAGCGCAGCCGCCGUCCCAAGAACCAGCCUCGCAAGGCAACCUUCGGAGAGACCCCGAGGACGUGGUGCUGGGAGCUGAUUUCGCUGACCGCGUCAGGACCCUCAGGGGCACCACGCAGACACACAUCCCAGUCGCCUUGCGCGCCCGCCACGCCCGCAUCUGGGCUGCCACUCUCGAAGCCGGCGUCGCACCCGCCGACGGCGUCGCUGCGCCGCCGGGGCCGGGGGGCCCCGUGCUGCCAAGCGACCCGAACGACGCUGCAUCCCAGGACCCGCUGCGGGACGACCACCCCUUGAAAGGCGUCAGGUUUGCUUGUCUGACGGCGCCAGGGCCGACUGGGACCAGGGCUGAGCACGCCAAGGAGUGUCUGGGAAUAAAGCAACGCCCGCUUGCCAACAGGCUGGCCCGCGCGAUGCUGAGGUUCCAAGAGGCCUCGCGCGACGGCAAGCUUGGGACUGAGGCGCGGUGGCUUACGCGCACUCGCUUGGUCUUCCUGAAGAAGAAGGGAUCCGACAAGCCUAGGCCAGUUCGAGUCGGCGAGUUCCUGCGAGCAGCAAUGGCCAAGAAGGCCCUCCACUGGACGCAGUGGGUCCACGCAGACGACGAGCUCAUGGACCUCCCCCAGGGCGGCGUGGCACACACCGACAGAGGGUCUGGCCAAGGAGACGUAUUCGGACCCGCCGCCUCUGCUCUCACACUCGGCGACGCAGUGGGCGCAGCCCGCGACGAACUCCAAGGGCGGGCGGGCGGGCGCAUCGGCGCCGUGGAUGAAUGGUUCAUCGAUGAUGGGCAGGCUUUCGUCCGCGUCGAGGUCGCAGAGAGGUGGCUGCGGCGCAUUGACCAAGCGAUCGCUAGCAUUGGGCGCAGCAGGGACACUGGGCCCAACUGCAAAAGCGUCGCGCGACUUCUGUGCCACCCAGACCGCCGGGAUCAGCUGAAUGGUUGGGAGCAGGGAUACAUCGCCCAAACGUGCAAGGUCCCCGACAGCCAGCGCGGCGUCAAGGUUCUGGGUGCCAUGGUCGGAAGCAGCGAAGAGGUGAACCAACAUUUCCGGCGCACAUGCAAUAAGGUGGCUGCUCAGAGGGCGGGGAUUGGGGGCCUGGAGCAAUCCCAGUGCGAGCUCGUGCUCCACCGCCGCUGCUUCGACGUCUCUAAGGUCGGCUACAUUCUCCGGUGCAACGGGGAUAUGGUCGACGGCGAUGCCCUGGCCGCCUUCGACGCUUCGCUCAGGCACGGUACAGAGGACGCACUUCACGGUAAACUCUUGGACGAGGGCUGGAUUCAGGCCACUCUUUCUGUGGAUGCCGGGGGGCUCGGGCUCCGGGAGGCGUCCGAGUGCGCGCUGCCCGCUUUCAUUGCCAGCCGGGUCGCCUCACGGCCACUCGUCGCUGCCAUGUGUGCUCACGUGGAGGAGGAGGGCUUGGGGUCCGCCGCCAGGUGCAUGCGGGAGUACGACAGGCGCACGCACGCGGCGGCGCAGAGGUGGCGGGACGUCCUCCCUGCUGGCGUCCACGACGCCGUGCGCGCCCACCUCGAGGAGGCAGCAGCGCUGGCUGAGCGCCGCUGGAGGAACUGGUGCGCUGGUGAGGAGGAGGAGAACGAGCCAGGAGCUGGCGGGCGCGCUGCCAGCCACAGGCCAGGCGCUGCGGCCGUGGAUGAGGCCGGCGCAGAGGACCCCGAGCACCCGGCCGCCCCUCGGGGCCGCGGCGCGCUGCGCCUCCAGCGCGAUCUCACCAGGGAGGCGGACCGCACAGUGGCCACUGGGCUCCUCUCCCGAGCGCGAGCGAGUGGGAACACCGACGCAGUGCACCGCCUCCAGGAGCUCUGCCACCCGAACCAAUGCCAUGAUUGGCUGUGGGCCAUAUCCCCGCACAAGGGACGGAUUAUGACCAGCGACGAGUUCGCCCUCGCCGUCCGCAUUCGCCUCGGGGCGGGGGGGCCCGACGAGGAGGUGGUGUGCGCCAAUUGCGGUGAAUGCAUCAUUGGCCCGUCUGGCAGCCAUGGGCUCCUUUGCGCCAAAGGCCCCUGCUAUGCGGGACACAAUGCGGUCCGUGACGACGUGUACGCAUUCGCCAGUGCUGUUGAUGGCAGCACAGAGCUUGAGCCGGUAGGCCUCGUGAGCUCACGCCCAAUGCUCCGCCCUGCGGACGUUUUGACUGGCGUCCCGGAUCCGUCCGGGCGCCUGGCGGCAUUGGACGUGGGAAUCAUCGCGCCUAUGGCGGCAGGAGCGGGCGACGACUGCGUGGAGACGAUGGUGCGCCGGAAGCAGCGCCGAGCCGACUCCUUCCGGAGCGAGCUUGAGGACAUCGGAGUGGAGUACCGGGUUCUGGCUGUAAGCGCUUUCGGUCGUUUCCACGACGAGUUCCUGCGGGUGCUGCAGUCGAUCGCCCGCGCGCACGCGCGGCGGCGAGGCACGGAGGCGCACGUGGAGCUGCGCCACGUGCAAACCCGGAUCGCCGUCAGCGUCUGGCGUCGCGCCGCUCGUAUGGUGCGAGCGUGCACGCCGUUGGCCUUGGACGAGGAUGAUGCGGCCGACUUAGAACCCUCGGACCAGGCCCAGCUCUGA